GAAGAAAAACCCCAAAAAGUAGAAAAAAAGAGGGCAAAAUUCAAAACCCAUUUCAUUCAAUUUUGUCCCACAUUUUGAUUUCGAUGAGAUUCGAAUCAAAACCCAAAUGGGGUUUCUGGGUCUGAAUCAAAAUCCUUGAUUGAAGACAAAAAAAAAACAAACGAAAAAAGGGGAGACUUUUAUGGAGAGAGGCCAACCUGCUGCGCCGAGCAGCUUAGAGAUAAAGGUGGUGAGUCCACGGCGGAGCGACAACGUUGUGCACCCGGCGGGACAGCCUCCGGAGACCACGACGCCGCGGCGGUCGUUCAGCGACUACAGCCCGUUGAAGAGGUGGGUGUCAUGGCUGGUGUCGUCGAUUGUGGUGGCCAACAUUGUGGUUUUUGUGGUGACCAUGUUCGUGAACGAUUGCCCCAAGAACUCCGACACUUGCAUUGGUCGGUUCCUCGGCCGCCUCUCCUUUCAGCCCUUCAAGGAAAACCACAAAAGAUGGGUGCUCUAGACGUUCAGAGAGUGGUUCAUCGACACUAGGGAUGGCGGCUGAUCUCAUUUCGAAUUGGUUUCCUAUAUUCUCAUGUCUGGUUUUGGUGGGAGUUUGCUUUCAGCUCUUUUUAUUCAAUAUGGUAUUUCUGUUGGUGCUUCUGGUGCACUUUUUGGUUUACUCGGAAGCAUGCUUUCAGAGCUCAUAUCAAAUUGGACAAUGUAUGUAAAUAAGGUAAAUAAAGUUUCUGUAUACUCAACGAUGCACCUCUUUAUAGUAUGUGCACGACCCUUUGAUCUUACAGUUUCAGAUUUCAAUCCGCAGUUGGCAGCAUUGCUUACUUUCCUUUUCAUCAUCAUAAUAAACUUAGCAGUGGGAAUUCUACCACACGUGGACAACUUUGCUCAUAUUGGAGGAUUUGUCUCCGGAUUUCUUCUUGGAUUUUUUUUUUCAUUUUGAACCAAAUGUUACAAAUUUCAAUCAAUGCUCUCGAGUCUUGAACCAAAUGUUUUUUCAUUUUGGAUGAUUGCCAAAUGUUUCCAGAGAGCUUCUGAAGUCAAGGUGCUUUAAGGGUCUUGGUCCUUGGCGUACCGAAAAUGCCAGACAAUAGGGCCCAGUAGUGGAAGUAAGCUAGUGAAGUCGUCUAAAAAAACAAGCCGAAGUUGUUAUCAUUUACUUGGAUUUAUUCCUUCUCAUAUUUGAAUUUUCAAGAAACAGAAACUGUGGUGUAAGUUCCUCCUAUGAUCCUAUGCUUCUACAAUUUCAAUCAAUGCUCUCGAGUCUUGAGCCCCCAUGAAGUUUAAAAAUUAAGAAAGCUUUCAUUUUAGAUGGUUGCCAAAUGUUUCCAGUCAGCUUCUGGAGUCAAGGUGCUUUAAGGGUCUUGGUCCUUGGCGUACCGAAAGUCCCAGACAAUAGGUCCAAGUAGUGGAAGUAAGCUAGUGAAGUCGUCUAAAAAAACAAGCCAAAGUUGUUCCUCCUAUGAUCCUAUCCUUCUAUAAAUUUCCUUCUCGUGUAACAAAUGGAACUCACCAAAUUCACUCAACACCCAUCUCUCUAUUUUUUUCUGCUUCUCUCUCUAGUUAUAUGGUUAACCAGAUCAGAAAUGGGGGUUUUGGUUGUGAAAUUGAUCUUAAUAUACUUGCUUUUCAGUGCAGGGUUUGUUUGCUGUAGGAGCUCCCUGCAAUCGGGACUCGGAGGGAACGCAACGGAUAGGCUGGCGCUGCUUGCCAUCAAAGAUCUUCAUAAUUACAACGUGAUGAGCUCCUGGAACGAAUCCACGCACUUUUGCAUGUGGCAUGGUGUGACGUGCGACGACAUCACCAAAGGGUCACUACCCUACACCCGCAAUCUCAAAAUCUGGUAGGGAAACUAUCCCCAAACAUUGGAAAUCUAAGUUUUCUAAGGGAACUGUGGCUGCGAAAUAACAGCUUCAGUCAUGCAAUUCCUCCACAAAUUGGGAAUUUGCGUAGGUUGCAGGUAUUGCGAUUAGACGUUAACUCGUUUAGUGCCAGUAUUCCACACAAUAUAUCAUAUUGCUUCAACCUUAUCCAUGUGAAUUUCAGUCGCAACAAGUUGGUGGGUAAAAUUCCUUCAGAAAUUGGAUUGCUGUUGAAGCUACAAAAGUUUACAUUAGAAACUAAUAAUGUAACGGGACCGGUCCCUCCUUCCUUGGGGAACCUUUCGUCUCUCCAGGUACUGGUUCUUAGUCGUAAUCACUUGAUGGGAAACAUCCCCAGUUCUCUUGGCCAAUUGAAAAAAUUAACCUUCUUGGGAUUGGGGUUAAAUAAGUUGUCGGGUAGCAUCCCUUCCUCCAUUUAUAACCUCUCUUCUCUUGUUACAUUUUUCAUGGCAUUUAACGAAAUUCAAGGGAGUAUUCCAUCAGAUAUUGGCAAAAGUAUUCCUAAUCUCGGAGUCUUCAGCGUCGCCUCAAACCUACUUACUGGGUCCAUACCUCCCGCAAUAUUCAAUGUCACAAGUGUGCGGGCUUUUGAAGUUGGGGAUAACAACCUAAUCGGACAGGUACCGAAUCUCCAAAAGCUUUACAACCUCCAGCGGUUCAACGUUGAACUUAAUAAUAUUGGAAGCGGUAAAGAUGGUGACUUAAGUUUUCUCUCGGACUUGACCAAUGCCACCCAGUUACAAUGGUUGAUUAUAAGCAACAACAAUUUUGGAGGGACAUUGCCCAUGUCAAUAUCCAAUCUCUCAACCAAACUAGAUACGUUUUGGGUGCACCUUAACCAAAUAUGUGGAAGCAUCCCAUCUGGGAUAGGGAAUCUGGUGAGCUUGCAAUCGUUGGAUUUGGGGAAUAAUAACUUCACAGGUAACAUCCCCUCUGACAUGGGUAAGCUUUCAAACCUUGGAGCAUUAGAAAUUUUCAUGAACAAAUUAUCAGGAAAUAUUCCACUUUCCUUAGGAAAUUUAACCAAGUUAUUCUAUCUUCGGUUGGAUGGAAAUUAUCUUGAGGGCAGCAUUCCUUCAGGUCUGGGGGAAUGCCAUGGGUUGCAAUUGUUGGAUCUUUCUUAUAACCUCCUAAAUGGCACAAUACCCAAACAAGUUUUUAGACUCCCCUCCUUAUCGAUUGCUUUGGAAUUGUCUAAUAACCUCUUCACAGGUUCCCUUCCCCCGGAGGUUGGGAAUUUCCAGAGUCUAAGUGAGCUUUAUCUUUCUGAUAACAUGCUAUCUGGAGAACUCCCCAGUAGCCUUGGUGGUUGUGAGAGUUUAGAAGUCCUGCAUUUGCAAGGAAACUUCUUCAAUGGGUCCAUUCCUUUGUCUAUGAGUUCAGUGAGAGGGAUUCGAGAUCUAGACCUUUCUCGCAAUAAUUUUUCAGGGGAAAUUCCAAAAUUUUUAGAAGGUUUUAGAUUCCUGAAUAAUCUGAACUUAUCAUUCAAUCAAUUUUGGGGAAUGGUACCUACUGGAGGUGUUUUCAAAAAUGCGAGUGCUAUUUCAAUUGUUGGCAACACUAAUCUGUGCAGCCCUGUUGCUAAUUUAAAGCUUCCCAAGUGCAAGUCUAAUGAGACCAAGAAACGAAGAUUGUCUCGUAGCUUCAAACUAAUACUCCCUUUAGUAUUUGGACUUAGUCUUCUAGGAAUAGCCAUGGUGUUCUUCUAUUUCUUUCUUUGUUCGUCAAGGAAGAAAAAGAAAGAAAUUUCAUUGAGCACUUUGGGGAACACUAUCUUGCAAGUGUCAUAUGCUACUCUACUCGAGGCUACUGACGGGUUCUCAGAGGCUAAUUUAAUUGGUGCUGGUAGUUUUGGGUCUGUGUACAAAGGAGUUCUUGAUGAGGAUGAUAAAGCUCAACUUGUUGCCGUGAAGGUGUUUAACUUGUUACGCCAUGGAGGUUCGAAGAGUUUCAUAGCCGAAUGUGAAGCUUUGAGAAAUAUUAGGCAUCGAAAUCUUGUCAAGAUUAUAACUGUGUGUUCAAGUGUUGAUUUUCAUGGUAAUGAUUUCAAGGCUCUAGUUUAUGAGUUCAUGAACAACGGGAGCUUAGAGGAGUGGCUGCAUCCACCUACUGGAACUGAAGAGUUAAGAGAUCAUAUACCCAAGAAGUUAAGUCUUCUUCAGAGGCUAGAAAUUGCCAUUGGUGUUGCUUGUGCACUGGAUUAUCUUCAUAAUCAUUGUGAAACGCCAAUAGUUCAUUGUGAUCUCAAGCCAAGCAACGUUCUCUUGGACAACGAAUUAACUGGCCAUGUUUCUGACUUUGGAUUAGCAAGAUUUCUCUCACAAGUAACGAGUAAUGUUUCAGCAAUUCAGAGUCAGACAAGUUCCGCUGGAAUAAGAGGAACGGUUGGUUAUGCAGCUCCAGAGUAUGGCAUGGGGAGUGAGGUGUCGACGAAUGGUGAUGUCUACAGCUUUGGCAUUCUCUUGUUGGAGAUGUUUACAGGGAAGAGACCCACCGACAACAUGUUUGGUGAUAGCUUGAACCUUCAUAAUUUUGUCAAGAUGGCUCUCCCCGGGCAAGUUACUGAGAUUGCAGAUGCACCACUUCUUCAAGGAGGCACGAACGAGAAUCCCAAUCAAUGCAACAUGAGAAUUCAUAAAGUUGAGGUGUGCUUGAGUUCAAUAUUUAGAAUUGGAAUUGCUUGUUCUGCUGAAUCCGCAACAGAUCGACUAAAGAAUAUCAAUUAUGCUGCAUCUGAACUUCAUUCCAUUAGGAAUACUUUUCUUGGAUAGAAACUCUUUUUUAUGUGCUUUUGUGAUGGAGAAAUUUCGUGCAUUGCCUGUGAAGUCUAGCUUUUAUGUUACCACAGUAGAUGUGGAAGUUUGCAAUAUAAAUAAUCACCAAUGAGGUUCAUUGUGUGAAGAGUAUUACUACUUCUUAUACUCGGUUUUUUUUUUGUAAUAUUCACAUCGAUUAAAGUCUAGUUUGUGCCACGAAAUUGUUGAAUAUUC